AUGAGUUCUAACAAAGUUAAUGCAGUAUCAGAUAUUGUGGAUGUUAAAUUCAGUAAUGGUGAAAAUUUUGUAAGCACUAUUAAUGAUAAAGUUGCAAAGCAUAAGAAAGAUAUUAAACAUCUAAAGACAAUUGAUCAUAUUCAAAAGUAUCCUUUAGUGCAACAAACGGAGACGGCUUUGAAUAAUAUUUUAGUCUCAAGAAUAGUUAUAGAAAAAACAUUACCUGUUGCAGAAUAUAUAAUUCAUUCAAGACCAGUCGAGUUCUUCUCACCAGCACUAAUUGUUCCUGAUACAAUUGCAAAUACCUCCCUUAACGUUACGGAAAAAAUAGUCCCCUCUAUAAAGACAAAGACAUAUCAAAGGUUAGGUGAGGAGGCCAUGAUACCUUGUGUAUUUGUUCGUAAGGUUAAUGACUCAACAAUUCAGUUUAUCGAUAACAAAAUUACCGACCCUAACCAUCAAGCAAUAAAGAGAUGGAGAGUAUAUUACAACCAAUACGUGAAUACUAACAACAAACCAUUGAUAAGAGGCACGUUUGAUCCAUUGUUUAGUAAAUUAAAUAAGCAUUUAGAAAAAAGUUGGACUAAAGCACUAGAAAAUGAUAAUUUCAUUAAUAAGAACAGCUACUGUUGUGAAUUUGACAAAUCCAUUGUACUUACAAUUAAUAUUAUUGCUCAAAAGACUAAAGAUGUUAAUAAUAAAAUAUUGAGUUAUCCAAAAAAUGAAAUUAACUAUGUGAAAAAGGUCAAUAACACAACUAUUCAAAAGUUAGAGGAAGAGAAUAAUUUUUCUUUAGGAAAUGUCUUCAAAGUAUUGAAAGAAACAGUUAAAACUAAGUAA